CUCCACCUCCUAUUAAGAGGAUAAUAGUGAUACUUGAAGCUGCUAGAGAGUGGGAGAAUCUACCAGCAGCCAGAGAUGUGUUGGAAAUGUUUAGUGCUAAUCUUUCUCGUUUGAAGACACAAGAGAUUGCCAUUAAGGAAGCUCCUCCAAGGUACACUGAUUAUUUUUUGGCUAACAUAUUAAUAUUCAUUUUUUUGUCUAAGAUGUUUAAAUUCAUUUUUUUGGCUAAGAUGUUAAUAUUACUAUAUGAUUAUCUACAUGUAACAUAUUUCCAUAUUAGCUAUAUGUGUUUUUGACGAUAUGAUCUAUAUAAAUUUAGGUACUCAGACUUGUAUAGGUUCUAUGGAUGUGAAGAGAAGAUUGUGAUGUCAAGUGAGGUUUUGGCUGAUUUGACUGCUUUGAUGCCUGCUACUUACGGUUUUGCAAUGGUUGCACACGUGAGUAAGGACGGGAAGAAGAAGGAUGGUAUCGCUCUAGCUCGCUGUCUGAAGAGUGUGGAACGUGAUUUGAAAUUUAUUGGUAAUUUCUGGAAGAAAAUGUGGAGAAACAAGUUGCAAUAGAUGCUAGAACUCGCUUCUGAGAGAUCUAAGUAUUGAGAAGUAAUGUAAUCAUGUAUUGCAUUAUUCAGUUCUUGAAAAUCCAAUAAAAAGCUAUGCUGCACACUUGCACCGAGACGGAAAAAUCCGGAAACGGCAAAAUAAAAAUUUAUAGAUACGUCUAUAAACUAUAUAAAAUAUAUAUAAAUUAAAAGUUCAAAAAUAAUUAUGACCAUAAAUUUCUACAUAAAACAUUAUAAUACAAACACUAAAUUAUGAACGGCCAAAAAUGUUUCAUUACAAAGUUACCUUACAACGCAUGUGUUCUGUCCUUAGCUUCGGACUAAUAUAUUUUAGUGGUACGCACGUCCUAGGAACUCUCUUGCUGUUUUGUUUUCUUGCACGUAUGUUUUUAUGCGGACAAUAAUAAUAGUCAAGAUCAAUGUAUGGUUGUUACAAUCAAGAUUCUUAGAAGAAAAGAUGGCUAGAUCGCUCAAGAAAUCAGUAAAGUUGAGUUUAAGACAUGUAAGGAUCCGUUCAUCAACAUCCAGUUUCAAACCUGGUUCUCGUUCCAUAGAGAGGGACCAAAGAAUCGAGUUUCUUGGAGGAGACAAUGGCGUUAGAGAAGAGGAAAACGAUGGUGACAGUAGUAGCGAGUAUGAAGAAUUUGAAGAGGAGGAAGGUGUAGAAGGAGAAGGAGAAAUAGAAAUAGAAGAAGAGGAACAAGAUGAUGAUGGAAAAAGCGUUGUAAGCGGUGGCAAAACUGAACGUGAAGAAGAGAUAGUAGAAGUGGAAGCGGUGGAAGCAGCAAAGGAGGAGAUCACUGAGGCAGGGAAUAGAGUGAUGGUGGUGGUGGAUAAAGUGGUUGCAUCAACUGGUGCUCUUGAAUGGGCUUUGAAACACACAUUACAAUCACAUGACUAUCUUUUCCUCUUAUAUUUCUCCAAACCCUUUAGAAAAGGCAAGAAGAAGAACCGGAAACGUGAAGUGAAGACCGAUGAACUCGUCCACACUCUAAAGAAACUCUGCCAAACAAAGCGACCAGGGAUAGAGGUAGAGAUAAGGAGACUAGAAGGAAAAGAGAAAGAGAAAGGAGAGAAGAUAGUGGAAGAAGCUAAAGAACAACAAGUGACUCUCUUAGUGGUUGGAGAAGAGAAGAAACCGCCGGUUUGGAGACUAGUGAAGCGUUGGGGAUGGAAGAAACGGCGUAGCCGAGCUGGAGUUCUCAAGUAUUGCCUAGAGAAGGCUUCAUGUAUGACCAUUGCUGUUAAACCAAAGAACCGUAAGCUUGGUGGUUACUUGAUCACUACCAAACGUCACAAGAACUUUUGGCUCUUGGCUUGAUUCACCUUAAGCCACUUUAGGCUGCUUUUUUUUUCCUCUCUUUACCAUAUUGUUAUAUUCCUUUUUGGUUUAU